UGGCGGUUUGGGGCUAACACCGAAGUUUGCGACCACACAGCCAUUUUCUGACUUCUGUGGAAAUCCCUGCGCUUUUAGCUCGGGUUUGGUUGCAUUUGGAAACACACGGGGUUCUACUCUAACACUUCCAACUGUUAUAUUACGGGGUAUUGGUGCGCUUGCGCUCGCAUUAGCUAGCGUUAGCCGCGGUCGCCUGGCGUGUGUCGUGGCUUGAGGUUGACAAAAUGUCCAGAUCACGGUCACGUUCGCCGCGCUACAGGAGGUUCCCGUGGGAUGAACCUGGCUUUGAUCCUUACAGAGUCCUUGCAGAAUUGGACGGGAGUCCUCCACAUAGGAGUCACCGCCUCAGAAAGGAUCCGAAAGAACACUGGGACUACAUCAGGGAAGACGAGUACCCAGAAGGCCAGAGAAGAUCCCCUCCUUUCCCAGAUGACCGUCAGUUUGGGCGCGAACAUCGUCCAGACGAGGAGGAGUUUUACCGCAGGAGGCCAUCACCCCAUUAUGAUAUGAUGGGCUACGAUGACCGGAGGCUCUCCCCGCCACAUAAUGUAGGAGGAGACGGGGAUAGACGCAGAGGAGGCUUUAGAGAAAACUUGAAGAGCUUUGAAAACAGGGCGAGGUUGCCCCACUCUCCCCCGAGUUUGGCGAGGGAAAGAUUGCCACAGACACCAAGGCCUCACUCAGACCACCAACAGAGAGAGUCGGGGAUGGGCUGGAGAGAGGAGCAGGGCAGAGGUCGAGAGAGGUUCAGAGACCUCAGUCCCGGCCCGAGAACAGAUGACCAACGAGGGGGAGCAGGUAGGGAAAGAGGAAGGAGGAACACACAGGGUCCCAGUAGAGACAGACGAAGGGAGGAUCCACAUCAAGAGAGGAACCCCAACUUUAAAAGGCAAAGAAGAGAAAUGGAUGACGCCAGUCACCCCGGGUACAGGAAAGAGGAGGGCUUUGGGGAACGGCGUUACCCAGCGGAAACACCCAGAGAUGGGUUUAGAGGAGACAUUCAGGGGAGCCUCCCCCACGGAGACACUCUGCACUUGAGACCGCUCGUCAUUGAACACGAUCACGGUAUCACACAGAGCAGAGAACUGCCACGGUGGGAGCACUUUGAUGGUCACCGAGAUCUUGACCCUGAAUUUGUUCGACAGAGGAGCCCCCGUUCACAAGGCUCCUCGCAGGAGCGUUCCAGGACAUCAGACAGCAGGUUGGAUGAUCGGGAAGACGUGAGGGGACGGCGUUUUCAAGAUAACUGGAGAGACUCCGACUAUGUCGAACCUAUGAGGAGCCCUGUGCUGCAGGACAGACCAAACCCCAUGAGGUAUGGUAAUCGAGAUGGUUCAGUGAACCACAAGGCCAGGGGCACUCCUCGCCCUGUGAGAGGGAGGUUGAAUCGCGGACAGACUGGAAAGACUGGACCGCCCAGGAAUCAGACGCGUUUACGGCAGUCCUCACAGGGAUACCAAGAUCUGCCUCAUGAAGAGCAAAGGCCGGGGUACCGACCCUUCAGGGAAGAUUGCUAUGAGGAUGACAUCAAAGGCGAGCCCAGCUGGACAGGAGAAGACAGACUCCAGCAGUGGAAACACAACAGGCCUGGAAGUGUGGACCGACACCUACCGAGGGACGACUUGGACCCUAAAAUGCCCCGUCAGAGAGCGCGCGGAUGGAACGAUCAGGAAACCAAUAAUAUGGCUGCUGUAGAGGAGGAAACGUUAACUAUCAAAGUGGACAUGAGCCGACCCGUUAACCAGAACAGCCUGCUGUGUUACUCCUCAGACAGGCAGCUCUCUUUAGACCUGGUCAACGUGGGACGUCAGCGCCUGGACUUCCUGCCCAUGCUGGAGCACUCGGGGACGUACCGUGAGACGGCCACGCACACUGGGACGUUUGCCCAGGAAAUCAUCACGCUGGUGCACCACGUCAAAGAGCAGUAUUUCAGAAGCGAUGGCGUCACCCUGAACGAACGUUUCUCCACUCCACAGAAAGGCGGCUACUCUGAAGAAGAGACGGAGGAGCUGACGUUGGAUGAGAGGUUCAGUUCAAACCGAGGUUUCAGCCUAAACACGACCUCACUGCUCGGUGACGACGAGCCUCUGUUCUCCAGGUUGGGACCGAUGCAGGGUUUGAGCCAGCAGCCGGUGCGAGGACCGGGGGAUCUGAGGCAUGACCUGGAGAGGAGGAGGCAGGAGAGACUGGAGGGGGUGAAGGUCACAAUACCAGGGAACAGCAUGUCACAGCGCCACCUUGAUCCAGUCAGCGAGCCGAGUUUGGAGUACAGCGACAAGGACGAGAUGGCUCAGGUGGAGGACGGAGGAUUCUCCUCGUGGCCAGAGGAGCAGAGCAGGAGGCGAGAGGGCAACACGGGCCAGAGGAGAGGAGCUGCGUACAGGCCCAACACAGGCUCCCAACGCAGGAACAAUCGCUUCGGUCACCGGGUUGGAUCAGUGCGGCGACAGAACAACCGCAACAACCCUGCAGGUCCUAACUGGUGAUUGGACAGUGGAAAAAGAAAAACAUCAUUUGGAUGUUGACGAUGUGUUUGAGACUGAUUGCACAUCUCGUUUAAAAAAAGGAAAACGGCCAAUCAGACAAAGUGUUUUGUCCUUGUCUGAGGCCACAUUGUGUCCGUGUUGAUCCCUGACGUGGGAAGAGACUGUGAAGACGUCUGUGCUCCGUCUGUUUGCGGGAGCGGCGGCAGCAGACCAGCUGAAUUAAACGAUUAAACCGAUUAGACUGAAUGUGAAAGGUUGGCACCUGGAGGUUCACGUGUCUGUAGCUCUGUGAUCUGUUCACACCUGUUCUCUCUUCCCGUCUUCUUUUGCUUUCUCUUCUUGCAUUUUGUGUGUGUUUCUUUAAAUUCAGUCGCCGUUUAUCAGGAGAGCGUUGGCUGAACGUCAGCAGCUGAGUCUCACUGAAAAAACAACACUUUGCUCGUGUGAAGUUACGACUCUGAACGACCCUGGCUGAACAUUCAUUCUUUUCUUUUUUUCCGUCCCACCCAGUUACCAGUGAUCACAAAUCACCGGUGAUGGUUGAUUAUCCGUAAAUUACCGUACUGAUUCUGUAGAUUCCUGCCGUUUUCUUUCUGUCUCCUCUGUACAUCAGCGUUUUGUUAAACCAGCUUCACUGUCGGUGACACACGAGCAGACGCCACGAGCUGCUCGCCUGUUGUUACUGCCCGAAUAAAACGUGUGUCAUUUGCA